AUGUGCCCCCCCACCGAUGAGCAGCGCGAGGCGAACUUGGAUCGCGCCCGAAUGGCCGUUUUGUCCACCACCGACCCGGAGAUGCAAUUGGCCUGGGCUCAAGAUGCGCUGGCUUUUGUCGAAGUGGCUGCUCAGAACGAAGCGCGCCUAUCCUUGACUCAACCCCCGCGUCCACAUACCCCACCGGUGGAGCGCCAGUUGAAAAAUGACGCUUUGAACAUCGUUGGCUUCUUAGCCGAACAACACCACCCCAAGGCAGAGUUUCUCAAGGGCAUGUGGCUGGAAUUCGGCAAGUUCAAUUAUCGCGUCGACAGGAAAGAAGCUUUCCGAUGCUAUACGCGUGCAGCGGACAAGGGCUACGCUCGCGCAGAAUACCGUAUUGGUAUGCAAUUCGAGAGCUCGGGCGAGCCGGAAAAGGCCAUCAAGCACUAUGAACGAGGUGUCACGAUGGGUGACUCUGCAUCUUACUAUCGUCUGGGUAUGAUGAUUCUCCUCGGCCAGCAUGGUCAACGGCAAGACUUCGCAAGAGGACUGGAGUACAUUCGUUUGGCCGCACAAUCGUGCGAUCAGAAUGCGCCGCAGGGUGCCUACGUCUAUGGCAUGCUCAUUGCCCGAGAGCUACCCCAAGUCAAUGUCCCUGAAUCUUUCCUGCCAAUGGAUUACAACAUUGCGCGUGUCAAUAUUGAGAAAGCUGCAUACCAUGGAUUCGCCAAGGCUCAAGUAAAGAUGGGUGCCGCAUAUGAGCUUUGUCAACUCGGUUGCGACUUCAACCCCGCUCUAUCCUUGCACUACAACGCACUCGCUGCUCGCCAAGGCGAGCCGGAGGCCGAAAUGGCCAUCAGCAAAUGGUUCCUUUGUGGACACGAAGGAAUUUUCGAGAAAAACGAUGAGCUUGCUUUCACGUAUGCUCAACGUGCCGCCCAGAGCGGUCUUCCUACUGCCGAGUUUGCCCUCGGUUAUUUCUAUGAAGUGGGGAUCUUCGUUGCUGCGGAUCUGAAGGAGGCCCGAAGCUGGUACGCGAAGGCAGAAGCUAGCGGUAACAGAGACGCGACAAGUCGGAUUGAUAGUAUCUCUCGUUCCAAGACGCUUUCCCGAAAGGAUCACCAGGCAGUCGCAAUCAAUCGCAUCAAGUCAGUUCGGCAUGUUGCGCACCAACGAGGCAAUUCUUUUGAUCCGGCGGGGAGAAUCUUGAAAUGCCUGACCCUUCACGGCUCACUCUGUCUGAUCCGCCCUCGUCUGCUGCUCCUUAUCCUGACCGCGCUACUCCGCGCGCUCGUCCUCCAGGCCAGCAGAAUUAUCAGAUGCCUGACCAUCGACCAAGCUCCGCAUUUGGUGUCAACCCAAAUCUUCGCACCAAUGGCCCACCUCAACCGCCCCGGCGCCUACCGUCCGGGCCCCGGUAGCGCCCCUAGCAGUGGCCCCGGUACUCCAGUCAGCGCACCACCUGGCCCGAUGAGUCCUCAGAAUAUGAUGAGCCCCAAUGGAACUCCUCGAUUGGAUAUCGGUUAUUCUGCACCUGUGCCGCCGCCUGGUGACCGACGCCGCCCCCCACGACUCGAGGGGGCACCUCCAGACCGAAGACCUGUGCGGACACCUGUGGGUGGGCCCCCUGGCUCUGCUGGUCCUGGCGGUCUUGCCUCACCUCGUACUACGGCGUCUCCUCGGCCAGGUGGCUCUCCGUCUUCUGCCAACUUCCCAAACCAGGGGAACUUUCCUCCACGAACCGAGUCCCGGCAACCAUCCAGAGGGUCCGCGGCUUCUUCUGUGGCUUCUGGGCCUUCCGCUACCACCCCUGGGCCAAGACCCCCUGCUCAGCAGCAGCCAUCUAAGCCAAGUGCUCCGCCACCCGGAAAAGGACCCAAAACUUUCGAAGAAAUGGGAGUUCCGAGUGCUAAAAGCGAUAAUGAUUGUACAAAUGUGAAGCGCAGCGCCAAAUGCGCUCAUCUUUCCUCGUUUUUCACAUCGUUUUCCUGCCUUUUCAACAACCCCAACAUGGUUCGCAAGCCCAAGGCCGAUACAGGCGCAGCUUCUGGUGACGUGGCACUCGUUCUCGAUUACCUACGUGCUCAAAAUCGCCCAUUCUCGGUUAUUGAGGUGUCUGCCAAUUUGCACAACAAAGUCUCUAAGGCAAAAGCUACGAAGGCGCUUCAGCAACUACACGAGGAGGGCCAGAUCGGAGGACGGACUAAUGGGAAGCAAGCGGUCUAUCAUGCUUUGCAGGAUGCGGCACGAAGCGUGACCCCCCAAGUCCUUUCUACAAUGAAUCAGGAAAUAGAGAAGCUUCGAACUGAGCUCGCUGAUCUCAAGACCAGUGAAAGAAAAGCCCGGAUGGCUUUAGCGGUCUUCGAGGCUAACCCACGACUUUCCAAUCUGCAGGAGGAUAUCCAGCGCUUGGAGCAGGAACGAAAUGGAAUCCGAGAGCACUUAGCUAUUUUGCACGACGAUAACGAAGUACACCUAUCCCCAGAAGAGCGAGAAAGACUCGAACGGGAAUGGGAAUACUGGCAAAGUCAUGCCACCAGCCGCCGUCGCAUGUGCCGGGAUCUAUGGGGCAGGUGCACCGAAGUACUACCAGAGGGAACAAGCGAGAGAGAGCUUUGGGGCUUGAAGGGCCGCUCCAAUGAGGGGCUGGCGGGUGUUGACGCUACAGCGUGA